AUGGCUGAACAAAGGCAACGUGCUUUGUCAACCUCAGGAGAAGCAUUAUAUGAAAUCCUGGCCCUAGAGAAGGGAGCGACACAUGAUGACAUUAAGAAGUCCUACAGAAAACUGGCUCUGAAAUAUCAUCCUGAUAAGAAUCCAGACAACCCAGAGGCUGCAGAAAAGUUUAAAGAGAUCAACAAUGCUCAUGCAACACUGACUGAUCUGUCCAAGCGAAACAUAUAUGACAAGUAUGGAUCAUUAGGGCUCUAUGUAGCAGAACAGUUUGGUGAGGAAAAUGUUAACACCUACUUCAUGCUCUCAAGCUGGUGGGCAAAGGGCCUGUUUGCAGUCUGUGGCCUGCUGACAGGCUGCUACCUCUGCUGCUGCCUCUGCUGCUGCUGCAACUGCUGCUGCGGGAAGUGCAAACCCAAAGCACCCGAAGGGGAAGAGCAGGAGUUUUGUGUGUCUCCAGAAGAUUUGGAAGAGCAAAUUAAGAACGACAUGGAAAGAGAUGGAGAAACUAUCGCGCUCCAGCCGACUAACGCGACGGAGAAGACGCAGCUAAUAGGAGACAGCCACCGGAGCUACCGCACAGACUCCUAGAGCGGGCAAGCACGACCUGUUGGUGCUUCCCACUGAGUGCCACAGCGAGAAAAAGCAUGUGAGAAGUUCUGCAGCCUGUGUUGUAGUGGUCUUUAAGCUUAUCAAGAGUAACCGGAGAGUAAUUUCCUAUCAAGGCAGAAUCUCCCUCUAGGCUGCUUCCAGUAGUUGAUACCUACACUCUGCAAGGAGACAUUUAUGGCCAAUAGAGAGGUGGUGUCUCAUGGCUUUGAACUGCCAGGCUCGGCAUGGUCUUUCACUCUAAUAAUACUCCUUUGGUUUAGUUGCUCUUCUCCCUGCCCUCAUCUGCAGCUUCACCUCCCAGACACUGUCCCGAGUCCCUUCCCAGACACACCAGCUCCAUUUCGCCCUGUCCUGGGAACGCUCCUCCAUGCAGCAGUUUUGCUGGAUGUGAAACAUUCCUAUGAGGGAGCCAUGGAAAUGCUCUUUAGCAGACCUCAGAGGGAAAGUGAGUGACAAGCAGGACAGGGCUGUCCUUCACAGAGGGGAAAGGCUCUUUGUAAAGCGGCUAUAGCAGCUUGCUGGGGCCCAGCCCCAGCCAUUAUGAACCUGAGCCAAAGUGCUUGGGGCAUCAUUCUGCUGGUGGUUACAACACAGGUCACUCCAAAUCCAGCACCAGAAGCACACAUAGGCUCUGUGUCUCCUCCUGCAUGAGUAGCAAACCCAGGAGACUGCAGGCAAAUGCCCUGUGGGAGGCGAGGCUGGCCCUGGGCUGCCCCAGAGCCUCUUUCUUCUCCCCAUAGCCAGUGACAGCCUCAUGGCAAAACUCCCCAGUUCCUGCCUGGAUGGACCUGCCACCCAUGCCAGGUGGCCCCAACUUCUCUGGCUGCAGCUGUGAUGUGCUGGAAAUUGGUUCCCAGCCAACAGCUUUCUGCCAGCUUGCUUUCUGCUCUGUGUCCCUGGCUGCCGCCCCGCUGGCACUGGGCUGGGGGCCAUCGGGAGCAGCAAGGCCUCGGCAGGGCGGGCAAGCAGCAGAGGAGUGACCCUCCUCCUCAUAACGUGGCUCUUCAGGGCGAGCCUGAGUCCUCCCCUCGGCCCUGGGCACAGUGGCUGUAAGAGCGCAUGGUGUGAUUUUAAAUAAAGAGGUAGGGAGGCAGUGUACAUUCAGACAUGCUGCCAUACAGAUCAGUGGAGGUGCAUGUGGAUAUGGCUAAAGAAAGCAUGAAGUAAUUAGGCUCCUAAUUUGGAAGAGCUAAAGAAAUGCCUCUGAGAACUUAAACUUAUCAUUUCACUGGUUUGACGUAUUAGUUUUAAGCCUUAGACAGCCGAAUUUCUCUUUAUUGAUCGUGUUACAUAAAUCAUUGUCAGUUCUCUGCAUUUGCUAUUUUUGCUCCUCUAAUCACAGUGGUGCAGUCCAAAGGGGGAUGUAAUGUACUACUGAAUUAUAUAGACCAGUGAAUAUAUAGCUAGUCAAAAGUGUUAUUUCCUUCCUUAAAAUUGGAUCUUGUGGUUGUGAAACAUUACUGUCUUCCUUCUACUCUCACCUUUCACAUCAAAUGUCAUUCCAUGGCAGCUAAAUAUAUGGGAAAAGAGUGCAUUCCAUUGCACCAGCUGUAACUCCAAAGUAAAGAAAUAGUACUUUCAACAUUUCUUUAAAGUUCCCAUAACACAUGGGCAUUUUAAAAGCCAUUAGUUGCAGUUCAGGUUACACACCUUUUCUCCAGACGCAGGCACUGGGGCCAGUUAACGCUCACAUUGCCCUCAGAAAUAGCCCUAUUUUUUGGCUUCAGAGCGGAGGGGACAUCUUGGCACAGGCUGUGGCCGUGUGCAGGCACUCGCUGCCCUCCUACCCAUGGGCUCCUUUUCAUCCUCAGUUGCAUGUUGCAAAUAAUUUCAGAGGCCACUCACAUGCAUGUCAAUCCACACCAUGGUCCUGCCUGCCCAGCAGUACGAGGGGGAUUUGCCCAUCCAUCCCAGGGGAGGGGGGUUGGUGACACCAUCCUGCCACCGAGGGUACGUGACCCCAGAAGGCCGAGUGCCACAAAUCUUCUCACCAUGCCCUUCGCAUGGUGUUUGCUCUGGUGUAAGAUGCUAUCGUCCAACAAAGGAGUAGGGACAGCACAUAACAUGUGACAGAUCUGCAGGCUAAAAGUGAUUUCUUGAGUUUUACUAUCUGGUAGAGAAAUUCACCGUGAAAGUAUGCCCACGCUACAUAGUGACUAUUUCCAGCAGAGAUGGAAAAGGCAUUUGGAGAGAAGUCUAGUGUAAAGCUACACAUCAUACAUCAAAUCCUUUCCUGUGUGAAAUCCCUCCUCUUGCUCCCAUGGAAGUGACUGAGAAUCGCACCAUUGAUUUCAACAACAGCUACAGAUGAGGCCUAAAGCCAGGGAGGGAAAGGUAAAUCCCAGAUUAGCAAGAGUGAUUGGGGAUUUUUUUCCCAUGCAACGCCUUUGAUGUCCUCCUCACACCUGAGUCUAUGGGCCAGAGCCAAAGUUUAUUGAAAUCAAGGACAUUAUCUCCAUGGGCUCAAGAUGUACUGUAAGUCAUGUGGUUCUUAUUCACUCUUUUUAAAUGGGAGAUUUUUCUUGGAAAAGAUUUAUGACUCCAUCUUGCAGUGUCAUGCAAAAAUGGACAAGCUGCCACGUGUUUGCAAAGCCCUUUUCCUAACAUGGAAAUCCAUACAGAAGAGCCACAACAUAUUAUCUCAACCAAAAACCUCAGAACAAAGUGGGUUCUCAAGGAACUGCUGUUUAAAAAUCUGAGUGUCUGAACCCAUGGUUUAAUUCCAAAGAGGAAACUUAGUUUUCGGAGUACCAGAGCAUCUGCCCCACUGCUGCCAGGACUAGCUAUUCUGAGGACACAUGGAGAAAGGAUGAACUAGGAUUUCAGGACUUAGGUCUUCAAUAAGAUUUUACUGAUUUAUUUGCUUUUCAGAAAGUUCCUAAUGUGGACAUAACUAUGCUUACAUGAUCUGUUUCUGUGUCAAGUUCAUUUGUACACCCAUAAUCUUCUCACAAUGUAGAGAGCUUCACAUUUUUGUCCUGUUUUGCUGCAUUUAUUUAUAUGUAAAGUACUAUUAAUAUAUAUUCAAAUCUACCUUUGCUGUCAACCACUC